GAUUCGUGUAGAAGAGAAGGAAGGAGAUAUGUGUGCAGACACCUGGACAGAAGACAAGUCUGUGAAGCUGUGUGAAAAGAUGAACUGUGGGACGCCCAUAAAAGCCCACAACAGUCCCAAAGAUGGUGAUAUCCUCUUUAAGAGUUUACACCCGACAAAUCAGACUACUGACCUGACACAGAGCAUCUUUGUCAAAAACCAGGACAAUGAUAAGUCCUGUAAACAAAAACCAGCCUAUGUUGUUUGCUCAGGUAGUGUCAAGCCCAGAUUUAGCAUUCCCAGUUACAAAUGCUUUGGAAACGUAGAGGUGGAGUAUGAGGGGAAGUGGAUCCCUGUGUGCGAGGAUGCUCUCAAAGACACUAACAAUGGAAACACCAUCUGUCAGGAGCUUAAAUGUGGUGAUGCUGUGGAGACUCUUCCCUACUUUGGACCUGCACCAGCAGAGAAAUUAGCCAUUUCAAACCUAAACUGCAUUGCAAAUGCUAACAGUCCAUUAUCUGCAUGCAGCAGUAUUACUGCUUCUACAGCUGCCUGCAAACACAGUGGCCUCCGAUGCUCUGAAUGGAGGACGAUGGUACCUGACAAAAAGGCCUGUAGUGGAACAGUGUUGGUUCACUGGAGACAGGGACUCAGUGCUGUUUCCAGAGAAAACUUCAAUGAAACUGAGAAGGAAAAGCUUUGCCAGGAUAUGGACUGUGGUGGAUACCAAUCAACAAAUAAAAUCCACCCCCAAACAAUUGAAAUAGAUUCUUUUUGGAACAAAAGCUUCAGCUGUGGUGAAAAUCCAGGAAGCAUUUGGGAAUGUGAAAAUAAAUCCACACCCUCAAGGAAUGAGCCUGUCUUUAUUGAAUGCAAAAGUAAGAUUUAUAUCAGCAGGACUGAUCUUAAAUGA